CAAAUCCCCCCCCCCCCAAAAAAAAAUAUAUCUAUAAAAACCAUAAAGCAGAAAUAUGAAACAGAAUCACAAAGCAGCUGAACUGGGGAAGUCAUUUAAUGAAACUGUGUGCAGCUGCAAGCAAUCUUGUUUACGCAAGUCUACACUUCUUACCGUAUUUGCUCUCAGGCUAAAUCAAUGCCGUCUCUUGCCCAGUUGUUGUUAUUGCUAUGCGUCUGGGCCUCGGUCGACGCGUCGUGGGGUCCCGGGGUUCGGUACACUCCGGACUGGGACAGUCUGGACUCGAGGCCGCUCCCCGCCUGGUUCGACGAGGCCAAGUUCGGUAUCUUCUUGCACUGGGGCGUGUUUUCGGUACCCGGGUUCCGAAGCGAGUGGUUCUGGUGGCACUGGCAGGGAGAACACAACGCGGCUUACCUCGCGUUCAUGAAGCAGAACUACCCGCCCGGGUUCAGCUACCCGGAGUUCGCCCCACAGUUUCGGGCCGAAUUUUUCGAUCCGGAGAGCUGGACCGAACUAUUCGAAGCUGCCGGAGCGAAGUACGUGGUUCUAACCACAAAGCACCACGAGGGCUUCACUAACUGGGGCUCCCCGGUGUCGUGGAACUGGAACUCUGUGGACACGGGGCCACACCGCGACCUUGUGGGGGACCUGGGGGCCGCGCUGAGGAAGAGGAACCUGCGCUAUGGAGUGUACCAUUCCCUCUUCGAAUGGUUUCACCCGCUCUACCUCUCCGACAAGAAGGCGGGCUUUAAGACCCAGGACUUUGUCCGCAGUAAGACCCUGCCGGAACUCUACGACCUCGUGCAAAGGUACAAGCCUGAUCUGAUCUGGUCGGACGGGGAAUGGGAGGCGCCCGAUUCAUACUGGAACUCCACUGAAUUCCUGGCCUGGCUCUACAACCGCAGCCCCGUCAAGGACACAGUGGUGGUGAAUGACCGCUGGGGAGCAGGGUGCGCUUGUAAACAUGGGGGUUACUACAACUGCGAGGACAAGUACACCCCUGGGAAGCUGCCUGAGCACAAGUGGGAGAAGUGCACCUCCGUGGACACACAUUCCUGGGGCUACCGGAGAGACAUGAAGCUGAGCGAGCUGCUGGACCUGCCCACCAUCAUCAGGGACCUGGUGCAGACAGUGAGCCUGGGAGGGAACUACCUGCUCAACGUGGGUCCCACGGCCGAGGGGACGAUCCCUGUGGUGUUUGAGGAGCGGCUGCGUGGCGUGGGGGCGUGGCUGCGGGUCAACGGAGACGCCAUCUACUCCUCGCGACCCUGGCACGUGCAGAGCGAGAACAGCACUGUCCCCAUCUGGUACACCAGUAGAGACUCUCUGGUUUACGCAAUCUUCUUCCAGUGGCCAGCGGAGAACAUGCUGGAACUGACCACGCCCAAAACGUCUCCCGCCACCAACGUGACGAUGCUGGGGAGCCCCAAACCUCUGAAGUGGACCCCCCUGGGGGUGACGGGCCUGUCGGUGCUCCUGCCCCCACCAGGUCCUCCCUCUCCCACUGCCCCCCCGGCCUGGACUGUGAGACUGCAGGGUGUGGCCUGAGGAACCGGGGGUCUGUGUGGAGAGCGAGAGGGGACUGAGCAGAGUGAGAGUGUGUGUGUGUGUGUGUGUAUCUGUGAGUGUGUCAGUGUGUGUGUGUGUGUGUAUCUGUGAGUGUGUUUGUGUGUGUGUGAGUGUGUGUGUGUGUGUGUGUGUGUGUGUCAGUGUGUGUGUGUGUGUGUAUCUGUGAGUGUGUCAGUGUGUGUGUGUGUGUGUAUCUGUGUGUGUGUGUGUGUGUGUGUGAGUGUGUGUGUGUCAGUGUGUGUGUGUGUGUAUCUGUGUGUGUGUGUGUGUGUAUCUGUGAGUGUGUGUGUGUGUCAGUGUGUGUGUGUGUAUCUGUGUGUGUGUGUGUGUGUAUCUGUGAGUGUGUUUGUGUGUGUGUGUAUCUGUGAGUGUGUUUGUGUGUGUGUCAGUGUGUGUGUGUGUAUCUGUGAGUGUGUUUGUGUGUGUGUGUGUGUAUCUGUGAGUGUGUGUGUGUGUGUGUGUGUAUCUGUGAGUGUGUUUGUGUGUGUGUGUAUCUGUGAGUGUGUUUGUGUGUGUGUGUGUGUCAGUGUGUGUGUGUGUAUCUGUGAGUGUGUUUGUGUGUGUGUGUGUGUGUGUGUGUGUGUGUGUCUCUGCGUGUUGAUCUCUUGUUUCCAGUCUUUAUUUUCUCUUUUUGCUUUCAGAUGACUGACAGAAAUGUAAACACGAGUAUUCAAAUUCAUAGUUUGAUUUAGAUUUUUUUAAUUUUUUUUUUUUACACGUCGCUUUUUAAUGAAAUCUUCGGAAGCAAUCAAGAUAUUUCACCAGCAAGAAAUAACUGUGAUGCACUGAUUUAUAAAGAUAUAGUGGAUGUAUUAAAUGUGAAACGGUCAUGGAUGAAAUCAAGGGGGUGGGUUUGUUUAAAGGAAUGUGCUGCCUGGUGCUGAUGCAGUGUUUGUUGUAAGUGCUGGGAGAUGCUGUUUCUCAAUAAACACACAGUGAUGCAUUGA